UACACACUUUCGGCACCUUCUCAGCUUCUCAGCAUCUAAUCUCAGCCUGGCUAGCUCUCUCACUUCCUGCUAGACCCGAGUUUCUCUCACUUCGGCAGAGAGGUAGUGGGAGAGAGAGAGAGUAAUGGGGGAAGCGAGAGGCUCCUCUUUGGUGUACCUUUUGCUGAUAGUUCUUAGUCUGGUUGCUUUUGGGUUCGCCAUUGCUGCCGAGAGACGAAGAAGCACUGGAAGGAUUAUUGAGAAUGAGCGUACGAAUGCCACAUAUUGUGUAUACAACUCCGAUGUUGCUACUGGCUAUGGGGUCGGUGGUUUCUUGUUUCUUCUAUCAAGUGAAUCUCUGCUGAUGGGCGUGACAAAGUGCAUGUGUUUUGGAAGACCCUUAAACCCGGGAGAGCAUCGUGCAUGGUCCAUCAUAUAUUUUGUUUCUUCAUGGGCAACAUUUCUCGUGGCCGAAGCAUGUUUGAUUGCAGGGGCAACAAAAAAUGCCUAUCACACCAAGUACAGGGGGAUGAUAUAUGCCCAGAACCUCUCCUGCGACGCAUUGAGAAAAGGCGUGUUCAUUGCCGGAGCUGUGUUUGUGGUUGUGACGAUGAUUCUCAAUAUCUAUUACUACAUGUACUUCACCAAGGCUGUUACGACUCCCCCAAGCCACAAAGUGAAGCGCACUAGCUCAAAUAUAGGAAUGGCUGGCUAUGCAUAAGUUCUUCGGCUCAAAGGAAUUAUGUAGCUUUGAGGUUUUGCUUCCUUGAUGUGGGUAAUGCCUCUGUGAGUGUUCCAUCUCAAAUGUACCGAUAGAUAUUGCUUUUCUAGUAUACUGGUAUGUCAAAGAAGUGCCUGCUCUUUUGUUUCGAUCAU